AGUCGGGGGGAAGGUUCUAGAAAAGCGGCGGCAGCGGCUCUAGCGGCAGUAGCAGCAGCGCCGGGUCUGGAGUGGAGGUGCUCUAGCGGUGUUGUUUCUCGAGCAGCGGCAGUUCUCACUACAGCGCCAGGACGAGUCCGGUUCGUGUUCGUCCGCGGAGAUCUCUCUCAUCUCGCUCGGCUGCGGGAAAUCGGGCUGAAGCGACUGAGUCCGCGAUGGAGAGAGAAAAGGAACAAUUCCGUAAACUCUUUAUUGGUGGCUUGAGCUUUGAAACUACAGAAGAAAGUUUGAGGAACUACUACGAGCAAUGGGGAAAACUUACAGACUGUGUGGUAAUGAGGGAUCCUGCAAGCAAAAGAUCAAGAGGAUUUGGUUUUGUGACUUUUUCUUCCAUGGCUGAGGUUGAUGCUGCCAUGGCUGCAAGACCUCAUUCAAUUGAUGGGAGAGUGGUUGAGCCAAAACGUGCUGUUGCAAGAGAGGAGUCUGGAAAGCCAGGGGCUCAUGUAACUGUGAAGAAACUGUUUGUUGGUGGAAUUAAGGAAGAUACUGAGGAACAUCAUCUUAGAGAUUACUUUGAGGAAUAUGGAAAAAUUGAUACCAUUGAGAUAAUUACUGACAGGCAGUCUGGAAAGAAAAGAGGCUUUGGAUUUGUUACUUUUGAUGACCAUGAUCCUGUGGAUAAGAUUGUGUUGCAAAAAUACCAUACUAUCAAUGGUCAUAAUGCAGAAGUAAGAAAGGCUUUGUCUAGACAAGAAAUGCAGGAAGUCCAAAGUUCUAGAAGUGGAAGAGGAGGCAACUUUGGUUUUGGAGAUUCUCGUGGUGGCGGUGGAAAUUUUGGACCGGGACCAGGAAGUAACUUUAGAGGAGGAUCUGAUGGAUAUGGAAGUGGCCGUGGAUUUGGGGAUGGCUAUAAUGGGUAUGGAGGAGGACCUGGAGAGAAAGGUAUGGUGGACAUUUUAUUUAAGAGAAAUGGUGGCAAUUUUGGAGGUAGCCCUGGUUAUGGAGGAGGAAGAGGAGGAUAUGGUGGUGGAGGACCUGGAUAUGGCAACCAGGGUGGGGGCUACGGAGGUGGUUAUGACAACUAUGGAGGAGGAAAUUACGGGAGUGGAAAUUACAAUGAUUUUGGAAAUUAUAAUCAACAACCUUCUAACUAUGGUCCAAUGAAGAGUGGAAAUUUUGGUGGUAGCAGGAACAUGGGGGGACCAUAUGGUGGAGGAAACUAUGGUCCAGGAGGCAGUGGAGGAAGUGGGGGUUAUGGAGGGAGAAGCCGAUACUGAGCUUCUUCCUAUUUGCCAUGGGCUUCACUGUAUAAAUAGGAGAGGAUGAGAGCCCAGAGGUAACAGAACAGCUUCAGGUUAUCGAAAUAACAAUGUUAAGGAAAAUCUUAUCUCAGUCAUGCAUAAAUAUGCAGUGAUAUGGCAGAAGACACCAGAGCAGAUGCAGAGAGCCAUUUUGUGAAUGGAUUGGAUUAUUUAAUAACAUUACCUUACUGUGGAGGAAGGAUUGUAAAAAAAAAAAAUGCCUUUGAGACAGUUUCUUAGCUUUUUAAUUGUUGUUUCUUUCUAGUGGUCUUUGUAAGAGUGUAGAAGCAUUCCUUCUUUGAUAAUGUUAAAUUUGUAAGUUUCAGGUGACAUGUGAAACCUUUUUUAAGAUUUUUCUCAAAGUUUUGAAAAGCUAUUAGCCAGGAUCAUGGUGUAAUAAGACAUAACGUUUUUCCUUUAAAAAAAUUUAAGUGCGUGUGUAGAGUUAAGAAGCUGUUGUACAUUUAUGAUUUAAUAAAAUAAUUCUAAAGGAAAUUGUGUAAUUAUAGACUUUUUAUUUUAAAUAAGUUAAGGAGUGGGUAGUAUAAUUAAGGUCUAUUGCAAAGCUGUUGUUAUAUUUGUGUAAGAUAAAUGCUGGUCAGAUGUUAAGUGUGUUGUCUGCAAUUCAUGAGGAUUAAAUUAUCUAGAUAACUUAAGGGAUAUCUCUGCAAGGAGAAACACCUUUUUAGAUCUUUUAGAUGCUGCUGCUUCAAUGCAAGGAAAGGAAAAUAACCCCAGCGAGGUACUCUUCAGGGAUACAGGUCUAGUACAAGAGAACUCUUUGACGGCUACUAAGGUCAGCCAGUCUUAAGAAACUGUGCUGUUUCUACAAAGCUUUAACUACAGUAGUUUUUAAGGAUGCCAACGAAAGCUGAGGGUGUAGAGCAAAAUAGUUCUAAGCUUCAGUUAAACUUCUUUAGCAUUGAUAUGAACCAUGGACAAGUAUAUUCUGCUGCCACAAAGACUGUAAAGUGCUUCAUUUCAACAGCUGAGGCAAGCCAAGUGAUCAUUAAUAAAGCUUUUCUUGGUUCCUUCAGUGGUGUUGGUAGUAAAAUGGAAGGUGUCUUGCUGCAGGUAACUAAUGAAGAAGUGGUCAACCACAGAGUCUUCAAGAAAUAAGAAAUUCUGUACCAUCUGAAAGUAGUUCUUGUUGGUGCCUUCAUUUUAAAAAAGCACUUUUAAGAUUAAAGGGAAAUGUUUUCUGAUAAAACCAGACUUCAUUUAGUUACAGGGUCUUAAUAUAAAACAAUUACAAAUUGAGUAUUGUUUGUAAAAGAGUAAACAUCAAGUCAGCUAGAGAGAUAAAUGUUAUGUUUUGAAUUAGGUUUUGUGAGUAGACAGAUUAAAAUUCUAUUUUAAAUAUAAAGUUAUAAAAUAAAUACUUUUGUAUUCAAAUACUUGGUGUAAUGUUUACACAUAAAAUGUGAAUCUUGUUCUAUGAACAUUAAGUUGUCUAAAGGAUUGCCAUCCCCUAGAUUUUUAAAGCAGUUUCACAAAGCAAAUGCAUAUUGCCAUUUUCCUUUCAAUAUUGAUAGACAAAUGAGAAAAGCAUUGUGGACAUUACUGGCUGUCCCUAAUAAAAUGCCAUUCUUUAUACACUGUA